CUUUUGGGUGGAGGAGCAGGAAGCAGCCAUGGCUCAAGCCAUUGUCCAAAGCUCAUGUAGAAAGCUCAGAUCCGCCAUCGCCAUCGCCAUGGGAGCUGAGGCCACGGGCGAUUUGCAGGAAAUAAUGGAAACGCUGGAGGCCAUACACCCGCUGCUGGAGGACGCCGAGAUGCGGUGUCUUCGUUUUACGGGUGAUGUCCCCAGAGAGGGAUUCAAGGAAAUGAUAGAUUCGUCGGAAGCCAUACAGCCGCUGCUGGAGGAUGCCCCCCAGCAAAUGGAGGGGAAGAAGGUCCGGGACUGGCUGUGGCGGGUCGUCAAGGCCGCCUACGACAUCUUGGACGAGUUGCAAGACACAAUGAAACCAGCAGCACCCGCGCGCAAGUUGACGAAGAUGAUACCACGUGCCAAUGCUCCUGAGAAGAAGAAUAUCAUGGCUGGUAAGAUGGAGAAGAUAAAAGAAGAAGUCUGCAAGCUACGGGUCGACAUGGACGAAUUCAAUCUUAUGUCAUCUGAUUCCGAUGCAAGCAUUGAGCCACCAGUUACUGAUGUAAUAGAGAUUGAAGAACCAAUUAUUGUAGGAAGGGAUAAACAAAUACAGAGGAUAAUGGAAAGUAUACCUGUGCAAACAGGGCACUGCACCAUUGUUCACAUUUAUGGCCAGGAUGGCAGCGGCAAGACAACAUUAGCACGAAUGGUUUUCAACCAUACCAGAUUCAAAGACUACUCUCGCGUAUGGAUCCAAUGCUCUGGGAAUUUUCGCUUGCAUGAGAUGGGGAAGGCCAUAAUUUCUCGGGUAUCAGGGGAAGAGAUCAACGGUGAUUCAAAUGAUGACAUGGAGUAUGUAAGGAAGCGCCUUGACCAGCUACUUGAUAAUGGUAUUAAGGUACUUGUUGUUUUAGAUGACAUACAUCUAUCAUGGGGUGAUAGCGAAGAGUUGACAGAUCUGUUAAGGGAAAGGAACAAUCUUAGUGAGGUAAUUGUCGUAACAACGGGACGUGGACAAUUAUAUUUUGAUUCAUUGACAGAUGAGAUGGUAUGGAGUAUUUAUGACAUAAGGGUAUUUCAGAGUUGUAGUGCAUUGAGUGAUGAUAUGUGCUGGACAAUAAUCAAACAACGAAGUCACUUUGAAGGUAGAUCGUUUGACAAGCAAGCGAUGGAGCAGGUUGGUGCAGAGAUUGCAAAAAGGUGUCAGGGUUCACCAUUAGCAGCUGCGGUGCUUGGUGGCGUGCUACUCUACAAAGAUGCUACAGGAUGGGCAGAAAUACUGAACAGUGAUAUAUGGGCAUAUAACCACAUUGGUGAGCCAUUCCUCAUGUUGGCAUACACUAGCAUGCCGCCGAGCUUACGGCUAUGCUUGGCUUACUGUGCGAUGAUCCAAUAUGGUCACACUAUAGGUAAAGAUGAUCUGAUUUAUCAAUGGACUUCUCUCGGUCUUCUUGAAUCAGACAAAUUCUCUAUGAUACAACUUCGUGAGCAGUAUAUUGGGAUGCUUCUGGACAUGUCACUUCUUCAAACAGUGCCGGUUUCGACUAGUAGAAAUGGUGAUAAGAGUACAUUCUUGUUCACUAUGAACAAUAUGGUGCAGAGCAUUGCAAAACUAUAUAUGUGUGAUAUAUAUAAUACAAUGGAGACAUCUUAUCAGGGGGGAUUAUGCUCUAAUAGCGGCUGCCGUUAUGUGCUGCUUAACAAUUUCAAGUCAUCCAGUAAAUUAUCUUACACCCACAUAAGGGCGUUACGUUGUGUGGGUUCUGGCAUAAGGGAGCUCAUCGAUGAUUCGCUUCCAUUUUCGUGGUGCCUGCGUGUCUUGGAUUUAAAUGACAGAUCAAUGCUGAACUUACCAGAUUCUAUCUAUCAGUUGAGGCAUUUGGGAUAUCUUAAUUUAUCAGGCUGCUCUGGACUAGUUAUUCUGCCGGAGUCACUUGGAGAUUUAUUAAAUUUGUUGUAUAUUGAUUUAUCAGGCUGCUCCGGACUAAGAAAUCUACCUGAAUCAUUUGGGAAGCUAACAAAUUUGGCGCAUAUUGAAUUAUCAGGCUGCUCUGGACUUGCAAAUUUGCCAGAUUCACUUGGGAAGCUGACUAGUUUGAAGCAUAUCGAUUUAUCAGGCUGCUCUGGACUUGUAAAUUUGCCAGAUUCAUUUGGGAAGCUGACUAGUUUGAAGCAUAUCGAUUUAUCAGGCUGCUCUAGGCUUGUAAAUCUGCCAGAUUCAUUUGGAAAGCUGACUAGUUUGAAGCAUAUCGAUUUAUCAGGCUGCUCUGGAAUUGUAAAUCUGCCAGAUUCAUUUGGAAAGCUGACUAGUUUGAAGCAUAUCGAUUUAUCAGGCUGCUCUGGACUUGUAAAUCUGCCAGAUUCAUUUGGAAAGCUGACUAGUUUGAAGCAUAUCGAUUUAUCAGGCUGCUCUGGACUAGAAAAACUCCCGCAAUCAUUCGUGAAGCUAAUAAAUUUGGUGCACAUCAACUUAUCACAGUGCUCAGGACUAGUUAGUCUGCCUCUGUCAUUUGGGAAGCUAAUAUAUUUGCUGCACAUCAACUUAUCAGGCUGCUCUGGGUUGGUAAACUUACCGGAAUCAUUUGGGAACCUUGUAAAUUUGGUGCAUAUCAACUUGUCAGGCUGCUGUGGGCUAUUAAAUCUGCCUGGGUCAUUUGGGAAUCUAAUAAAUUUGUUGCACAUUGAUUUAUCGUAUUGCCACGGACUAGGUAAACUGCCGGAAUCAUUCAGGAAGCUCAAAUUUUUGGUACACCUAGACCUAUCAUUCUGGUCUUGUUUUGAAGGGGUCGAGAAAGCUCUUGGUGGCCUUACCAAUCUCCAGCACUUGAACUUGUCACACCCUUGCUGUUAUCUUGCUCAACAACAGUCCUGUCUCGAAGGGCUAAAAGAUGUCCUGGGCAAGCUCACCAAACUAGAGUAUUUGAACCUAUCCAUGUUCCUGAAUCCUAUCUGUUACUCAAAGACAGUAGAGCGAACUCAUGAAUUUAUUGAAUGUAUCAGUGUCUUUUCGAGUCUGGAGCAUUUGGAUUUGUCUCAUAAUAAAUUUCUCCAUCAUCUACCUGAAAGUUUAGGUGAACUCAACAAUCUGCAAAGGCUGGACCUCUCAGGCUGCAUGAGACUGAAGAGCAUAGCCAAAAGGAUAGGUGAAAUCAAGUCUCUUAAGUCAAUACAUGUGAGGAACUGCCGCAGUUUGAAAAGUUGUCAGCUUGUGGUUAAAGCUGAUAACGGAGAAACAUAUAGGAACACAAACAUUGUUGAGCUCGAGGAUGCAAACUUGGAAGAGCUUGAGAUAAGCUGUCUUGAAAACGUGAAGACUACAAAAGAUGCGGAGCGAAUAAGAAUGGCACUGGAAGGAAGGACUCAAAAGUUGAAACUUUGCUGGACUGUGGGCUCCCAAGUAUCCAUGGAGGGCAAUACCCUGUUAGGAAAAUUAUUGCCAUCACAUCUGCAGUGCCUUGAGCUACAUGGUUAUAGUGACGAGACCCGCCUUUCAGCCUGGUGGACAUCAACCACAUAUGGCGAGACCUGCCUUGCACCCUGGUGGACAGCAACCAUAUCUUUUCGUGUCUCUACUCUUGUAGAGGUUACCAUUGAGGAUUUCCCGAGGUGCAGCUGCCCACCACCACUGUGUUUGUUACAAAACCUGCGGAGAGCAGUUUUCAGAAGGAUGGCUAGCAUUACAAGAUUCAACGUCAAUGACCUCACUGAUGGAAACCGAGCAGCAAUCCAUCGACUCCCCAAGUUCACUCUAGAGUUGGAUGAUAUGGAAAGCCUGGAAGAGUUCAAAACAACAUAUGACAGAAGAGGUAAGGAGUGUGUGCUCCCGGCCAUUGGUGAACUGGUUAUUACGGGGUGCCCCAAGUUGUGCUUUGGACCUUUCACGCCUAGAGCUCGGAGGUUGGUGAUCUCAGACUGCAGCAAACUAAUGGUUUAUUCCUGGUGGAACAGAGGAGGCCAGAGUGUGGAAACCCCUAUUACCUCUGUUUUAGUAAAUGAACUGGUGGUCAAAAACUGCAACCUAGCUCUAUAUAACUGGACUUUGCUUCACAGCCUCCCUGGCCUCUAUAGUUUAACUGUCAAAGAUUGCCGUGAUCUGAAGACUUUACCACGGACUUUACCACAUACUAUUGAGGCCCUAUCCUCCCUCCGGUCACUAUGCCUGUCCAAUUGCUUGAUGGAGCCACUAGAACAACACUUGGGUGACCUCACCUCUCUCCGGGAACUGAAGAUCGCGUCCUGCAAUAUGUUCAAGGGAUUCACGCGGAGUUUGCAAAGACUCACCUCCCUUGGGUUGAUGCAUCUUAGUGACUGCAACAGUAUCACAUCACUGCCGGAAUGGUUAGGAGAUCUCACCAAUCUUGAGAAGCUUGCCAUCCACAGAUGCCCUGCCAUUGAAUCUUUGCCGGGCAGCAUAAAUAAACUAACCAACCUGAAGGAUCUGCAUAUUUUGGACUGUCCAAAAUUGAAGGGCUGGUGUGAAAGGAAGGAGAACAAGAAAAUAAUGGCUCACAUCCGACCAAACUAUGAAGAACAUGGUACUAGCAGGCCGGGUAGCAAGGACGAGGGCGAGGUGGUGCGUGAAUUGAAGGACUGGUCGGACUGCAAGGAGGAGGAUGAGGAGGAAGACAAUGACGGGGAGGAGGAGGAGGAGGAGGAAGACGAUGACGAGGAGGAGGAGGAGGAGGCAGUAUUAGCGGGUGCAUUGGAAACUUCAGUGGUGACAGACAACACGGAUGUAGGACAGGCGGAGGCAGUAUUGCCGGAUGUAGUGGAGAAUCCAGUGGUGACAGGCAACACGGAUGCUGAAGAGGAGGAGGCAAGGAGGGAUGUGGAUGCAGCAGCGGCAGCUGAUGUAUGCUUGGAGCUGCGAUUGGGACUUCCCAGUAAUGAAGAACCGGUCCACAUCAGAGAAGAAGAUGAAAUUUCUCUAAGGCUGUAUUUAUAACACUUGUGUUCUUAUUUCUUUCUACUACUUUUCGGUCACGCAGAUACACAUUUUUGUUAGAUGGACACGCACAGACAUUGGUUUGGUCAUGCUUUGAUCGUGUUUACUGGUCAUACCUCAUACCUCACUGUACAUAAUUGCAGCGGUCGUUGCUUCU